CAUAGUCUCUAAUCUGUGGUUGUAUUAUAUUUGAAGGUUUUUUUAACAAAUUCAUGGAUUUUUUUUUAAUUAAUAUCAAAUAAAAUAGGAAAGAAUAAAUUAUUCUUUAGUUAGAUAAACAAUCUCAAUUUCCAUGUGUUUUUGUUAUAUAUUCUAUGACUUUUAGAAAUGGGUGCAUUAUUCGGGAAACAGAAAAAAACCGUGAGCCGAGUAACUGAACAAGAUAAAGCUAUAUUACAAUUAAAACAACAAAGAGACAAAUUAAAACAAUAUCAAAAGCGAAUAGAAUUGAAUUUUGAGAAAGAUAUACAGUUAGUUAAGAAAUUGCUUAGCGAAGGCAAAAGAGAUAAAGCCAAAUUCGCCUUAAGGAAAAAGAAAUAUCAAGAACAAUUGCUACAGAACACAGAGGCGCAGUUGGAAAAAUUAGAACAACUUACUCAUGAUAUUGAGUUUGCACAAAUCGAAUUACAGGUGCUUGAUGGCUUGAAAACUGGUAAUGCAGCAUUGAAGAAGGUUCAUGAUGUGUUAAGUAUAGAUGAAAUAGAAAAAAUAAUGGAUGAAACAAGAGAGGGUAUAGAAAAGCAAAGAGAGAUAGAUGAACUUAUAUCUGGUGAACUAACACAAGAAGAUGAAGAGGCUGUGGAAGCUGAGCUUGAAGCAAUUCUUGAUGUUGGUGAUCAAUUGCCUGAUGUGCCUACAGAUAAGCUGCCAGAAACUGAAGAAAAAGUUGCAGAAAAACCCCGGAAAGCCAAAGAGAGCCCUAGCAAAAUAGCUAUGGAGGCUUAAUUUAUUAUAAAUAUAUAUUUCAUAAUUGUACAGAUUUAUAAUAUAAGUAUAAUAUUUUUA